UUUGGGGGAGAAUGGCGCGCAUUUGGAGGCGGCGCAUUCGAUUCCAUGUCGCGAUCGAUGCCAGGGAGAUCCACAGCAGCAGCAUUCUCCAGGGCGGCCGCACAUCUGAGAAGCGAGGUAAAUGGAAGGCACAGAAGGAGCUAGAUCAGCUCAAACCACCGCCGCCGCUGCGCAUCGGCUCUACCGAGUACGCCGACCGGCUCAAGCGCUGCUGGGGCGAGUUUGGGCUGGGCUACGUCAAGAUGACUCACGAGCGGAUCAUCGACGCCAAUCUGGAGCAGGAGAAGGAGACGUUUUUGGGGAAUUGCCUGGUGCGCGCCUAUGGCCGAUGCAAGAGCAUCGACGACGCGGUGGCGGCCUUCUCCGAGAUCGCGGAGAAGAACGAGUACUCGUACGCGAUCAUGAUGGGAGCUUACCAGGAGAACGAUCUCCACAAGAAGGCUCUCCAGCUCUUCAAGAAGUCGAUCAACGAGGAGCUCCAGCAGAACCAAGCCACCUACGUGACGGUUCUAAAGUCGUGCGCUCAUCUUGGAGAUGAUUACCUCGAGGAUGGUAAGGAGAUUCAUAGGCACGCGAUUGCUCAAGGCUUUGGUACUGAUCUCGUCGUCCAAAACAGCCUCAUCCACAUGUACGCAAAGUGUGGGAGCUUCAAGUUUGCGGCCGGGGUGUUCGACAAGAUGGAGCCCAAGAACUUGAUAUCCUAUACGUCGAUGAUCCAGGCUUACACACACACUGCCAAGCACGUCGAGGCCUACGAGCUCUACAAGAAAAUGCUGUCCGAGGGAAUAAUGCCGGACAUCUACGCUUACGCCGCUGCUCUAGCCGUGUGCCCGACUAUCCGAGAGGGAGAAGCCAUCCAUGUCAAGCUGGGAAAUCACGAGAGACGAACUCCAGUGUGCUCCAACGCGCUCGUUGGGAUGUAUGGAAGGUUUGGGAGGAUCGCCAGCGCAAAGUGGGUCUUUGAUGGGAUACGUUACAAGGACCUCGCGUCUUACAACAACAUGAUCGCGGUUUUUGCGAAGUACGACGAUGGGAGCAAGGCUAUAAGUCUCUACAUCGAGAUGGAAGGCAGGAAUCUCGAGCCAAACUUGUGGACUUACACGAGUGUUCUCGACGCCUGCUCAAAGCUGGGAGCUCUCACCGAAGGGAAAGAGAUUCACAAGAAGGUGAAAGGAGGUGACCAGCCGACCGACGUUGCUUACAAUACUGCGCUUGUCAACAUGUACGCCAAGUGUGGCAGCGCUCACGAAGCCAGAGCCGUGUUUAACGACUGUGGACUGAAGAACGUCUUCACCUGGACGUCGCUCAUGUCCGCUUACUCUCAGCCGGGGCAGUCGCAGUACCGUCUCGAAGCUUACCAGCGGAUGAACUGCGAGGGAGUGAUUCCAGACGACGUGACUUUCACAGCAAUCUUCAAUGCUUGCAGCCACUCGGGCCUGCCGGACGAAGGCUUGCUCUACUUUCGAGCCAUGAGAGAGGACCACUGGAUCGUUCCGCUUCAGCCCCACUACACUUGCAUGAUCGAUCUUCUGGGACGGGUUGGCCGGUUAAGAGAAGCCGAGGAGCUCGUCCGCACCAUGCCGUAUUCUCCCGACGUGGUUACUUGGACGAUCUUGCUGAGUGCUUGCAAAGUCUACGGGGACUUGAAGAUCGGAGCUCGGGCUUACAAGCGGAUAACCGAGCUGAAUCCUCCCGACUCGGGGCCUUACCUUCUGAUGGGAAACAUGUACGCAAAGGCUGGAAAGUGGGCAGACGUAGCGGAGGUGAAGAAGAUGAUCAAACAGAGAGGUCUCGCAAAGCCACCCGGGAAGAGUAUGAUCGAGGCACAGCGAAGAAUUCACGAGUUCGUGUGUGGAGAUACUGCUCACCCUCUGAACCAGGAGAUUCGUGCUCGGCUCCAGGAAGUCCACGAACAGCUUUCUCAUGCCGGAUACGAGCCCGACACGAAAGAAGUUUUGGUGGACGUGAACGAGGAGGUGAAGCCCGAGUUGCUGCUCUUUCACAGCGAGAGGAUGGCUCUGGGGCUGGGACUGUUGACGUCCGACGCAGGAGCGACGCUACACAUUGUCAAGAACCUCCGAAUCUGUCCCGACUGCCACUCGUUUUUCAAGCUGGUUUCGAAGAUGUUACACCGAAAGGUUCUUGUCCGGGACUCGCAUCGGUUUCAUAUCUUCCAGAGAGGCUCUUGUUCGUGCGGUGAUUACUGGUAGAAAGAGACCCAAGCUGCGGUUUU